AGGCAGAUAGAGUAGGGUAGAUGUUGAUAUAUUCAGACCCGACUCCCGCGGUGUUGCCAUUUUUACUUCAGCACGGCUAGUACUAGAGUCGGCUGUGGUCGAUACCUCUACGUUUACAGUCGGAUUGAUACCCCUGCAUAAGAGUAGAGUAGAAUUUGGAGAGUCUGUGAGGGGAAGCGCAAAAAGCUUGGUGUAACAGACGCACGCUGAAUAAAAAGUUUUCUUUAAUCGUAAAUAUAAGUAUCCUUAAUUAACCACGAAGCAAUUACAAACGUAUAAUACAAACGUAUUAUUUGAACUAUUAUGGACAUCGCACAAAGUUUACAAAACGCUUUGCAGAGAAGCACUAGAGCAACAGAAAAUCUAGUCGGUCUUUUCGAACCAACUAAAAAGAAAUGGAGCGACAAUUUACUAACUCAACUAGUUAGAGAUCUUAAUUUCCCAAGCACCGCAUAUCGUAGAACAGAAAAACCUCGUAUUCUCAAGCGAUUUUUCCGCUUUUAUAUAGUAGGAGCAGUGGACAAACUGGAUUCAGUAGUAGGAAUUCUCAAUGACGUCAUUGCCAUUGGAUCAACACGUAUGGGUUUAAUCUGGAAAGCACCAAAUAAGAAAGAACAGGUUUUUUAUCCGAAGAACACUUCAGAUCCCCCUUCCUUGGGUAUAUAUAACCAGAAGUUUAAUAUGACCCUAGCCGAGAGUCAACUGAACGAAUUUCAGAAUUGCCUCCAUAAAGUCUUAGAGGAAAUUGAUCCUGAAAGUCCAGAAACUGGUCCAGAAAAAUGUGUUGUUCGAUUGGCCAUGUUUUUAGCCCUUACUUUAUAUAGAUUUGCGACCAGAAAUGCAAUCCAGAUGGAAAAGGCAUUCAAGGAAACACAGUAUAAGAAGAACCUUAUCAAUUUAACGGAAUGGCCUGCAAGGCAUCCAUUUUCGCCUCCCUGUUCAGCUUGUCUCACAAUUUGUGAAAGAGCCCUAGCUAAAGGUCUAAAAUCCACCUCCAAUUUAUUUAUUAAAGUAGUACACGAAUUUGUCUUAACGAAAAAAGCCGGUUAUCCGGACCCAAAUGUCGCAGAGAUACUAGACGCCGCCCUUCUCACUGAUACGGCUAGAAAUGGAAUGGGAAUGAUUGAGCUGUUGUAUCAUGUGCAACUCGUCACCCAGAUGAAGUGGAAAGUCAUUAUGGCCAAGACAUACAAUACGCUAACUUGCACCUCAUGGGAGAACCUCGUAACAUUUUUCGCGCAACAAACCAACAUUGAUAACCCUCAAUAUAGUUAUCAUUGGGCAAGGAUUAUAGACAACGACUACUUCAAAGAAUUAACUUCUGAUAAUAAUGUGUUCCUAGCUGCAGUAUUCACAUCUGCUAUCGCCAGUAAAAACAGCGAACGGGAAAUCGACUGGGAUGCCAAUGAUGCAACAUACCUGGGAAAAGUUCUAUACGAUAUGAGCCAAUCAUUAGACGGAGCCGAAACUGCUCCAGCAGGAGUAGAUUUAAAAAGGCGUGCUCUAGCGUUAAGAAAUAGACGCUAGUAAAAAAAAAAUUAUUCUUUGUUCUUUUCUCUUUUGUCAGUGAUGUAUGAAUAUGCGAACCAAUGUUGCGCAUCUUUUUGUUCUUUUGUUAAGAUGAUAUAUUUCAGUUUAUAUAAAUAUUCUCAUUAUAUCUAGUGUUUAUUAGAAUGUAAGGUUUAGUUAAUAAGUCAAUGGUGUUAUAUGUAUAAAUCAA